AGUCUCGGAGCGCGGGCCGCGAUCGAACGGACUCGGGCGGUCGCAGCGCACCGCGCCUCCUGCCGACGGGCGCCGCAGCCGCAGGCGAGUGUCCCGCCGCGGUACCUGCGCCACCAGCGGACAGUGAGACUGAGGGACACCACGACCAGCUCGAGACGCGACCUGUGAGACGUGACGUGACCCCGGGCGGCCGUGGCACCGACGUGACGUGUCGCUGCGCAGCGCCGCCGGCGCAGCUCGGGCCGGCUCCGGUUCAAUACUGCCCCGCGCAGGCGGCUCCAGCGGCGACCGCACAGCGGCAUCCAUACACUCACACUCACACACAUACACACACACACCUACACUGUGACACCCCCGGCCACCCUCCGCACGCAGUCCGCCACACCCGCGCGCACACGCCCUCUGAGGACGGGCGGGAGGGCGGGAGGAGUGCUCGGCCGCCACUCCGUGUCAGUGACUGAGGUGCAGUGAUCGCUGCGGCACCGCGCGCCGCCCGCCGGGCCCCGUCCAUCUCUCCGCGCCAGCCGCCCGUCGGCCAUGCGGGGGGCCGUGUGCCGCACUGCGACCUUCUCCGGAGCGGCCACUCGAGAUGCCCGCGCGUGACCGUAAACGGAGGCUGGAUACAGGCUAGCGGCAGCUCAGGAGGCCCGCGCGCGAGAGGCGGCAGCCAGCGGCGCCGACCCGGCGGCGCACCGGACCUACAGCUACUCCGCCAUGGCCAAGAAGAGCGCGGCGCCGUCGCAGGACGGCCGACGGCCCACCUCGCUGUUCAUCUUCAGCGAGACGAAUCCAAUCAGAAGAUACACCAAAUUCAUCAUUGAGUGGCCUCCGUUUGAGACGGCAGUUUUGAUGACCAUCAUCGCCAACUGCGUGGUGCUCGCUCUCGAGGAGCACCUGCCAGAGGGCGACAAGACGAUGCUCGCCAUCAAACUGGAGGCUACUGAAACUGUAUUUUUGUGCAUCUUCUGUGUGGAGGCGUCGUUGAAGAUAAUGGCGCUAGGAUUUGUGCUACACAAGGGUGCCUACCUUAGAAAUAUCUGGAACAUUAUGGAUUUCAUAGUAGUAGUUACCGGACUGGUCACAAUACUAGCAGAUGAGAGACUCACGGCCGGUGUCGACUUCAGGACGCUCAGGGCCAUUCGUGUCCUGCGACCGCUUAAGCUAGUGAACGGAAUUCCUAGUCUUCAGGUGGUGCUGAAGUCCAUCAUCAAGGCGAUGGCGCCUUUGUUACAAAUCGGCAUGCUGGUGUUGUUCGCCAUCGUCAUAUUCGCCAUCAUCGGGCUGGAGUUCUACUUUGGCGCGCUUCACAAGACCUGCUAUGAUUUGAAGGAUUUCAGUAAAUUUAAGACGGAGGGGGACUCGCCAACUCCUUGUGAUAUGUCCAAUGCAUGGGGGGGCUACCGGUGUAACGAAUCGGUGUCAAUGUGUCUGGAGGGCUGGGUGGGCCCCAACUAUGGCAUCACCUCGUUCGACAACAUCGGCUUCGCCAUGCUCACCGUGUUCCAGUGCAUCACCAUGGAGGGCUGGACGUCCAUACUCUACUGGACCAAUGACGCCAUUGGAAGCAAGUUCAACGUUAUCUACUUCGUGCCUCUGAUCAUACUGGGCUCGUUUUUUAUGCUCAAUUUGGUUCUGGGCGUGCUGAGUGGUGAGUUUGCCAAGGAGAGAGAGCGGGUAGAAAAUAGACAAGCCUUUUUGAAACUUAGACGGCAGCAGCAGUUAGAACGAGAACUGAAUGGUUAUGUUGAGUGGAUUUGUAAAGCAGAGGAAGUGAUAUUAGCGGAAGAAAGGACAACUGAAGAGGAGAAAAUGCACAUCAUGGAGGCGAGGAGAAAAGCGGCAGCGAAAAGGAAGAAGUUGAAAAACCUGGGCAAGAGCAAGAGCACCGACACGGAGGAGGAAGACAAUGACGGGGAAGAAGAUGCCUUAUAUAUGCCUAAAAAGAAGUCAGGUUUAGCCAAGGCGUCGUACCUCAAAUCAAAAAUAAAGAACCAAGGAGCCUGCGCGGGGUUCUGGCGCGCGGAAAAGACAUUUCGGUUUGCGAUUCGGAAGGCGGUGAAGACGCAGUUUUUCUACUGGUUCGUGAUUGUGCUGGUGUUUCUGAACACGGUGUGUGUGGCGGUGGAGCACUACAACCAGCCCGACUGGCUCGCCCAGUUCCUCUAUUAUACCGAGUUUGUGUUCCUCGGUCUGUUCAUAUCGGAGAUGCUGAUCAAGAUGUACGCGCUGGGGCCGCGCAUCUACUUCGAGUCAGCCUUCAACCGGUUCGACUGCGUCGUCAUCUCCGGCUCCAUCUUCGAGGUCGUCUGGUCCACCAUCAAACCAGAAUCCUCGUUCGGCCUCUCCGUGUUACGAGCCCUUCGUCUGCUGCGCAUCUUCAAAGUCACCACGUACUGGUCGUCCCUGCGGAACCUGGUGAUCUCUCUGCUCAGCUCGAUGCGCUCCAUCAUAUCGCUGUUGUUCCUGCUCUUCCUCUUCAUUCUCAUCUUUGCUCUGCUCGGUAUGCAGCUGUUCGGAGGAGAGUGGAACUUCAAGGACGGCACACCGCCGGCCAACUUCAACAGCUUCGCCGUGGCGCUGCUUACCGUGUUCCAGAUUCUGACUGGAGAGGACUGGAACGAGGUCAUGUACAACGGCAUCAAGUCGCAGGGCGGCCACGACAACGGAGGCAUGAUCUACUGCCUGUACUUCAUCGUGCUGGUGGUGUUCGGCAACUACACUCUGCUGAACGUGUUCCUUGCUAUCGCCGUGGACAACCUGGCCAACGCGCAGGAGCUCACCGCGGCAGAGGAGGAACAGGAGGAGGAGGACAAGGAGAAAAUGGCUGCUGAGCUGGAGAAGGAGAUUGGAGCGCUGCACGUGGCGGACGGAGCUCCGACCGUGGAGAUCUGUCCUCCGUCACCGCACGCGCCCGUCCGCAACCACAGCUCGGACAACCGGCCGUCGCUGCAGGCCAUGAAGGGCGACACAGUGGAUGAGGAGGAGGCUACCGGGCCCAAGCCCAUGCUGCCCUACUCGUCCAUGUUCAUACUGUCGUCGACCAACCCGAUUCGGUGUGCCGCUCACUGGGUGGUCAAUCUGCGGUACUUCGACUUCUUCAUCAUGUUCGUCAUCUCUCUGAGCAGUAUCGCUCUGGCGGCGGAGGACCCCGUGGUGGAACAGAGCAACAGGAACAAGAUCCUCAACAUGUUCGACUAUGCCUUUACGGGCGUCUUUACAGUCGAGAUGAUCCUCAAGGUCAUAGAUAUGGGUCUUAUUCUCCAUCCUGGUUCCUACCUACGAGAAGUGUGGAACGUUAUGGACGCUACAGUUGUAAUAUGCGCCUUAUUUUCGUUCAUUUUUAAUCAAACCGGGAGCUCGACGGGGCAGAACCUCUCCACCAUCAAGUCCCUGCGAGUUCUCCGGGUGCUGCGGCCGCUGAAGACCAUCAAGCGCGUGCCCAAGUUGAAGGCGGUGUUCGACUGCGUGGUCAACUCGCUGAAGAAUGUUGUCAAUAUUUUGAUAGUGUAUAUGCUGUUUCAAUUUAUCUUCGCUGUGAUAGCAGUGCAACUGUUCAACGGGAAGUUCUUCUACUGUACGGACAAUAGCAAAGUGUUGGAACAAGAGUGCCAAGGAGAGUACUUUGUGUACACGGACGAUAACCAGCCGCCGGAGGUGCACGAGCGGAAGUGGAAUAAGCAGGACUUCCACUACGAUGACGUCAUGAUGGCCAUGCUGACCCUGUUCGCCGUCCAGACCGGAGAGGGGUGGCCCACAGUGUUGCAAAACUCGAUGGCGGCCACCUCUGAGGACAACGGUCCGAAGCCGCACUACCGGAUCGAGAUGUCGCUCUUCUACAUCGUCUACUUCAUUGUCUUUCCGUUCUUCUUUGUCAACAUCUUCGUGGCGCUCAUCAUCAUCACGUUUCAAGAGCAGGGCGAGGCCGAACUGCAGGACGGCGAGCUGGACAAAAACCAGAAAUCCUGCAUAGACUUUGUUAUUCAAGCGAGGCCUUUGGAGAGGUACAUGCCAAAAGAUAGAAAAAGUUGCAAAUACAAGAUGUGGAAGAUAGCCGUCUCAACUCCGUUCGAAUACUUCAUUAUGGUUUUGAUUAUUCUAAACACACUUCUUCUGAUGGUCAAGAACUACCCCCAAAGUGAUUCCGAGGAGAAGGUCGUGCGAAAUCUGAAUAAUGUCUUCACCUUGCUGUUUGCAAUAGAAUGUGCGCUCAAGGUGGUGGCCUUUGGAGUCAGGAACUUCUGCAAGGACAGAUGGAACACGUUCGACCUGAUCACGGUGCUCGGCUCAAUCGUGGACGCCAUCGCCACCGAAACGCAGAUGACCAGCUCCAUCAACCUGGGUUUCCUGCGACUGUUCCGAGCAGCUCGUCUUAUCAAACUGCUCCGACAGGGUUACACCAUCCGCAUCCUGCUGUGGACCUUCGUGCAGAGCUUCAAGGCCUUGCCAUACGUCUGCCUUCUGAUAGCCAUGCUGUUCUUCAUUUACGCAAUUAUUGGCAUGCAGGUAUUUGGUAACAUAGCUUUGGACCCAGGAACUGCCAUAUCUAGGCACAAUAACUUCCGUCACUUCUUUCAAGCGCUAAUGUUACUAUUCAGGUGUGCCACUGGCGAGUCGUGGCAGAGCAUCAUGCUCGCCUGCAUCAAGGGCAGACCGUGCGAUCCGCGCGCCAUACCCGAAAACGAUCCCCACAAGGUGUGCGGCUCGGACUUCGCCUACGCCUACUUCGUCUCGUUCAUAUUCUUCUGCUCAUUCCUGAUGCUCAACUUGUUUGUGGCUGUAAUUAUGGACAACUUUGACUACCUGACGCGCGACUCGUCGAUCCUGGGAGCCCAUCAUCUGGACGAAUUCCAUCGGAUAUGGGCCGAGUACGACCCGAAUGCAACCGGCAGGAUAGAGUACACAGAAAUGUACGACAUGCUGCGCAACAUGGAGCCUCCACUCGGCUUCGGAAACAAGUGUCCGUACCGGCUGGCGCAUAAGAAGCUCAUCCGAAUGAACAUGCCCAUCGACGAGGAGGGCAAAGUGCAGUUCACAACGACUCUGUUCGCGCUCAUCAGGGAGAACCUCAGCAUCAAAAUGAGGCCCGCGGAUGAGAUGAACCAGGCGGACGCCGAGUUGCGGAAAACAAUUACGAAACUCUGGCCGCUUCAAGCCAAGAAGCUGCUCGAUCUGCUCGUCCCUCCAAGAGAACAGCUGGGAGCGGGCAAGCUGACUGUCGGGAAGAUCUACGCCGGCCUGCUGAUACUGGAGAACUGGAAGACGACGCGGUUUGGGCAGAUAGCGCCCGAAAAUCAACCGGAGAAGCAGGAGCUAGUGCCUCCCGACUCGAAAGCCAGUUUGCUAGAGCGCAUCAUGGGCAUAGCGCGGCCGACCAACCCGCGCGCGGCGGCUGAGCCGUCGGGGCCGCCGCCGCCGCCGCCCGCCGCCGAUGACGACGACGAGCUCUGCGACAGCGACGACCGACAGAGCGUAAGUUUGCUGGGGCCCUCUCAGACGGUAGUGUACACGGAGGCGGCCGUCGAGCCGUGGCGCCGGCUGGGCGGCUCCGACUCGCGGCUCUGGCGGCCCGACGAUCCGCCCGGCUCUCCGGCGCGCCACCGCUCGGCCUCCCAGCAGCUGGUGUCACCCCGCGGCAGUGGCCAGGGUGACCUGAUCGGGUCGCGGCGCAGUUCGAUCGCCUCUCUGGUGACCCAGCUGCAGGGCGGCUUCCGGCCGGGCAGUUUCCGCUCGCGGUCGCCCAGUCCGCGCGCCUACCACUCGCCCAACUCGUCAUUCCGGAGGCGCGUGCGGCCCCAGUCGCCCUACCAGGACCGCUCGCCGUCGCCCGCCGCGUCCUUCCAGCGCAGCCUGCCAGGCAAGGACCACUGCGACUGGGCGCUGCCCCACCGGCACCGGCGGCUACCCAACGAGCGGGCGGCCUCCAUCAGCCCCGAGCGGCGGCGGCGAACGAACGGCUACGGCGCCGGCUCGCUGGACCAGCAGAGCCGCUCGCCGUCUCCGCCGCCGCGCCGCACCGGCAACUCGUUCCCGACGCUGCCGAGUCGGCGCAGCGGCGGCCGCCGGCUGCCGCCCACUCCCAGCCGGCCCUCCACGCUCGACCCGGCCGAGUUUCCGCACGUGGCCCGAGCAGCCGGCUACCGGCCGCCACCGGGCGCAGCGCCCUUCAACUUCCCCAAGGUGAACGCCUCGCCGACUCACACCGGCCGCAGGAUGCCGGCGCCAGGUGUUCCGCCCGUGCGCCGGCCGCCGCUGCCGCCGACGUACGCCGCCGAGCCGCAGCCGCCGCUCAGUUUCGAGGAGGCGGUGGCGAUGGGCCGCGGCACCCGGCAGCUGCCGUCGCCUGUGGUGCCGAACGGGUACCGGCCGGGCGGCGGGGGCGCGGGCGUGGCGCGCCCGGCCGGCCGCCGGCUGCCGCAGCCUGCCGGCGACUCGGAGGACGAGGACUGGUGCUGACACAGCGGCGCGCCGCAGCCGGCCAGUCUUUCAGCGCGCAGUGGCGCCCGCCGCCAGUCGUGUGGCCGCCGCACACGUGCCCACACUGCCCCGUUUUGUACCGCGCGCCGGCCGGCCGGCGCCCGCGGCGCGCCGCCCCGCCCCGGCUCUGUACAUACUAUGAAUAGUUUGUAUUAUACAUAUACAUACAUAGCUAACAUACAUAUAUACUCUCAUUGUAGUCAACUUAAAUCAAAGGGUUUCGUAUCUUCUUCAUACUGCACCCGUUGGGCAGAGGGGCUGCCGCGGUGGCGCCAGCCUUACUCCUGCUUGUCUGGUGUAUAUCGGGUGUGGAUGUCCCGGCGUGUCGCGCUCGGCGGGCCGAGCCACCGCCUCCGCGACGGGCGCGCGUACAAUGUCUCUCUCCUCGUGACCGUCUGGGCCUCGGCCCUGUAUGCCAGUCUGUCCAACUUCCGACCCAGUCUCGAUCGGUGGCGUCCUCUCUUCUCCGUUUCUUCUCUCCUGCCGACCGGGUGAUAGGCGGGGCGCGGCUCGCCGCCCGUCCGCGCGCCGGCGCGUGCUCAUCCCUCCUCUCGGUGUGUGCGUGUGUGUCCGUCUGCGUGUCUGUGAGUGCGUCGGUGUGUGUGCGUCACCCUGAUCCGGCGGCGCCCGUCCGCGGCGGCCGCAGACCACCCAAUGUGCCAUGGGCCGCGGCCCGACUGUGGCCGCGGCGCCGCUCCCCGGGUCGGCCGGCCCCGACUGCGGCUCUGACGGCGCGCAGCAGUUCUUUUCUCAAAGUAUACCUACACACAGAGCUGUUAUAUCUAUCUGUUGGUUGUUGUCAGAAGCUGAGAGAGUGUGUAGCACAAUAUCUCAACCGUUUAUCGCAUUCCGGUGCAUUCCCCAUAUGAAGAAUCCUGUGCAGCCGUGGCCUGUUCGCGGUGUUCGAGCACAGCCGUUACGUUGUCCACAUAUAUAUGCUCUGCUCUAUUCCAUGCAUAUGGCGUUACUGUUUCCCGUUGCCGCGUUUUGUUCUCGAAGCGUCUACUGCGUGCGUUCGGCAGGAGAUUAGAGUGGUGUGUACGGUCGGUGGCCGGUGCCGGUGGCCGCCGGGGUGCUGUGUACCGUGUACGGUCGGCCAGGGCCGCGGGCGCGCCGCCGGCCGUCCGCCGGCAACUGAGCGGGCCGCGUGAGUCGCGCGCGUGGGUGUGUACCGUGUGGUUGUGGUUUUAUACACACGGCUUCCAGUCCUAGAAUACAACAUUUCCAAUCCAA